GCUCUCCCUCCUGCAGGCUGUGCUCACACGCACACUCUUAAACCAAUAGGAUACUGGACACACAUUCACAUACUCCGAUACUUACAAUCAGCAGCUGCAGGCACAUACAUACACUCACACAAACACACACAUACUAUUUUAAACCUUCAGACACUUUUUGAGUUGAUCUCAGCAGCAGUUGCAGAUACUCACUUUACACACACUUAUUUCUCCUUCACAAAUCUCACAGAAAAAUGAGGACGAUUGUGCUUUGCGUCUCAGCCAGUCUCCUGCUUGCAGCCACCUUGGUGCCGCGCGCCAGCCGGGCAGCGGACUUCCCCGUCAACUCACACCAGAGAUGGGACGCUCGAGGAUCCUACUCUUUGGGAUCUGAAUCUGGUACCCCCACCUCCUGCCCCAUGAAACUGAGACCCUUGGGCCAGUGUGGGAGCAGCGGGGCCGGUGCAGAGGAGGGGGAGGAUUGCCCUUACCAGCUCACCCUGCCUCCCCUCACCAUCCAGCUGCCUAAGCAGUUCAGGCUGCUGGAGAAAACGAUGAAGGAGCUGCAGAGUCUGAAGGAGGUGGUCAACAAGCUGAAGAGUGGGUGCCAGGAGUGCCGUGGGGCACGGGGCAGUGGGACUUUUGGACAUCAGCAAGCUGACCAGGGACAGACGCAGGUCCCCAUUCAGAGGGAUGCCGGGGGAGAAGUGAGACUGGACCUGACAGGACAGGAGGUGCAAGGUGGGUCCAGCCAAGAGGAGAGGGGAGACGGGAUGGUCCCCGGAGCUACUGUUGACGUUGCUGGACCAGGGCAAGCUUCUAUUUUUGGGAAAAUUACACCGAGCCCGAGCUCGAUGCAUGAUAUGCAGGUGAAGCUGAAUAGGAUGUCAGCCAGUCUGCGCAAUGCCAGGAGCCAGAUCUCGGCUUUGCAGGGUCGUCUGGAGGGGCUCAACCUGAUAAACAUGGACAACGUGCAGGCUAUGGUGGACAGGCAGGUGGAGAACAUCACUGGAGUGGUCAACAAGCUCAGCUCCACCUGCACCACUGCGUGCCCAGUACAGAACACCCCUCACUCAAUCAUAUUAGCCCCUCGGGACUGUUCAGACUACAAUGUGCUGGAGGUGAAGAAGAGCAGUGUGUAUCGCGUGACCCCUGAUCCCCGCAACGGGACAUUUGAGGUCUUCUGUGACAUGGAGUCGUAUGGAGGUGGAUGGACCGUGAUACAGCAAAGGCUUGAUGGGUCUGUCAGCUUCAACCGCACCUGGGCCGAGUAUAAGAAAGGUUUUGGGAACCUCAGAGGUGAGUUCUGGCUGGGCAAUGACCAUAUCCACUUGCUGACAAAAGCCAAAGACAUGAUCGUGCGAAUCGAGCUGGAGGACUUCGAGGGUGUCCGGGAGUAUGCAAAGUAUGACCAGUUCUAUGUGGCCAAUGAAUUCCUGCGCUACCGGCUGUCUGUCAGUGGAUACAGUGGGACGGCUGGGAAUGCCAUCAGUUUCAACAAGCACUUCAACCAUGACCAGAAGUUUUUCUCCACGCCUGACCGCGACAACGACAUGUAUCCCUCUGGAAACUGCGGCGCCUACUACAGCUCCGGCUGGUGGUUCGAUGCUUGCAUGUCCGCCAACCUCAACGGGAAGUACUAUCACAAGAGGUACAAGGGGGUCAGGAACGGGAUCUUCUGGGGAACCUGGCACAACAUGUCGACAGAGUACUACCCUACCAACUACAGGCAGGCAUUCAAAACGGUCAAGAUGAUGAUACGGCCCAAGAACUACGCUCCUUAAGAGUACAGGUAAAUAUUUGUGAGUGUAGUCAGAUGGACAGAUAGAUGGACAAACAGGAACAAAGAGAGUCAGAAAAUGGAAGAAUAAGUAGACUCAGAAACUCAUCUACAUGCGCAUAGUCAUGCAUUUGCACACAUUUACACAUGCAUACAGUACGUGUACAUCGAAAAAGAAGUCCUAUAGACAGUUUGAAUGCAGUAAUAACAAAAGUAAUUGUGAAAAAAAUUAACUGUGCUAUUACUUUUUUCCACUGUAGUGAGUGUGGCCUUCAAAAUGUUGGAUUAAAAUGAUGAUAGUAAAGGACAAUGGACUAUGAACGAUGAUGGACUAAUAAAAAAACCACACAUGCAGUGUAAAGGCCAGCCUCCUACAGGGGCUAUAAUAUUAUACGGAGGGUUACCAUGAGAGAUUUUUCGCUCUUUCUCUGACAUUUCUCCACUUUCUGUCCCACCGCCUCCUGCUAUAAACCCAAUUGAGACACACCACAGCACACAGUAGUAGUAAAACUAAUGAGCUAUCAUUUUCUCCGCUCUAAAUGGUUUAAUAAUUAACAGCAGCCACUCAAGUGAGGUAUAUGAGAGCUAGUGAUACAGUUUUUAAUGGGUCUGAAAUUCAUUGACUUCGUGCUGGGGUCAGUCAAACUGUUCAAAAAAAAAAAAAAAAAAAAAAAACAACUGCAGGAAGUGACAAACAACACUUCAGCUUUGGUGUCAUUUAUUUAAUUACACUGGGGCACUUUGCAAAUGUAUCAUCAUCCGAAAUAAAAUAAAACAUCCCAGUAUAAAUAUGCAGCCUGAGAUAAAUUUCUAUGGUAUCACUUCCAAGUGGAUUCUGCAUUAUUGAUGCUUUAGUAAAUUCUUCUUCACAGCAGCUGCAGAGCAGGCCACUGCUGCAAGAAAAAAAAGACGUUUUUCGACCCUUGUGUUCUACUGCACAUCUCUUGAUGCCACACACCAGUUUUCACAUGGAAAAAAAAAAUCUCCUUAACUCACCACUUGUACAAUACUGCUGCCUAAUGUUAGAAGACUGUAUUGCAUCAUUUAAUCCAUUCUAUACACACUGUGAAUGGGAAGGAUGGGGAGAGAAAUGUUUCACUUUAAGGAUGUGUACAGUAUUUAUUUUAUUUUGUGAGGUAUGAUAGCUUUUAUAUAAUACACAGGUCCUAUGGUGCAAGGUUCAAGGAUUGUUGAUAUUUGUGCAGUGAUAAAGACUGCGCGUUAUUGUGACCAUUCAUAGUAAUUAUGUGUGUAUUUGGAGCUUUGUGUGUGUACAAUAUUGAUCUUUUCUAUCAUUCAUAUUCAACUAUCAUGCCAAAAGAUAUGCACUUUUUAUAUCAAAAGAUGAAUAAAGUUCGAAUUACAUGGCUGUGUACAUUGCGGUGUCUGGCAGUUUUAAAUCAUGUUGAUGCCUGCUCUUCUUUAAAAGCAUCUACUGUACUGGAAUCGCCUUUUGAUGAGUGGAUACAAUAAUGUAUACAAGUUUAGCAUGACUAUCAAUCAGAAGAAAUCCUGAACUCGGAAGUGUCUGCCAUCUAGUACCUAGGGCAAUUUGACGCCAGUAAAAGUGAAGGGAUGAGGUGCUGCAUGCCCAUAAUAAAUGGGUUAAUGAGGUGCUGACUCAGCAAAACAGCUCAAUAAAAGAAUUAGCUAAUACGAAGUUUACAGAGGAUAAUUGAUCAAACUGUGGGCCUGUGACUUGAAUGUCUCUUUAUUGUAUGUGAAGAUCAAGUGAAUAAAAAAGUAUUUUGCUCAUCCACAUGAUGAUUUCGAGCUCGAAGUAUUCACUUUUGUUUAAACUUUAGAAAUGUUUUCGGUUUUAAAGUAAAUGUUGUAAGGAAAUCCAUCGAGAGUACCAUGUUCUAUUCUCAACAUGAAUUUAACUGGAAACUAAAAUGGUGAGGGAUUUGUCUGUAAAUACACUAGCCCGUGUCAUUUGUAAACAGACAAUAGAUCCUCAGUAGAGUCUUUUAAAAGCAUCAUUGUUUCUUGUAUGUUUUGAGUAACUAGAGUAAAGACUGUCACUGCAACA